GAUGUUUCCAGUCCUAUCUUUUGCUUCUAUUGUCCUGUCCUCGAUAGUCUGGACGGCUAUUGCUGUUAGGUCCCUGUCCUCCUAUUAUGCGGGAUGCAGAGUAUGAUGUGUACACUGGUGUACAAAGUGAGGUAAGCAAGCAGCCACCACAUUGAGCUGCUGGCGGACGCGUCGUUGCUUGUAAAGAGGGAGAAUCCGCCAGAUCGUACGUGCCGCUGCUGGAACGAUGGAAAAGGAUGUUGAUUUUCCGCUCCUUCUUAAGACUGGAGUGGACGCGUGUCUGUAAAAGUCGUGCAUGGAACACCAUGAUAGGACCACACUGUCAAGCGUGUUACUUGCAGCGUUCGCUUGGAAGAGCGCUCCGUCGAAUCUCGUCUUCGACUUUCGUACAAGGUGGAACUUAGCUUGUUUACGAAAGCAUCUAAUUCCUUCGUCAAGAUUAUGACGACCUUGGGUGAAGCUGCAUGCGAUUUGCGAAAUGCUUUCGAGAAGGCUUUGCAACGUUGAAAGCUUGUCCCACCAAGAGACAUCGUUCACUUUAAAAACAAGACGAGCAUCAUCCUGAGAGAAUCGUAAUUCUACUUGUAAACCAUCCUAAGAUCGUUGUAACUUCGAAACUCAUUGAUAUUUCUCCUUCGAUAUAUGCGUGUACGUUGCAGCUGUAAACAUGCAGAAAUUUGUCUCCCCUAUGUUGUUCUUCACAUAGAGUCCAAUCCUUCACCGAGAAGUCGAAGAAAUCACCUUAAUGUAUCUGCUUGUGAUCAUUUGUAUGUUC